GGGGGGUACGGGUACUUUGGGCUCCUCUGUGGAAAGAAAGAGCAAAAAAACCCCCCACGCAGAGUGUCAGGCAUAGUUUUAGCAGCUGGUAACAGUUUCCGUGAAAGUGCCCUUGGUGCUCGGAGCCUGAUAACCAUCGCUGACUGUCCGCUGUGGCCACCCCUCCGCUCUCUGCCAUCCUGUGCAGAAGGAAUUGGUGACCGUGACAGCUGUUUAUUAGAAGUUUAGGAAAUGCAUUUAUUUCCCCUCUCGUUGUUGAAACCGAGCUUUUGGUUGUGUUGUGUCAAGGGUGUCUUGAGUCUUUUUGUCUGAGACUCUUUAAGAAUUGCUGGACUUGAUCCAAGAUUCCAAAGUUGAGUUAUAUGUUAAUUGAAACUGUUCCAAGAGUUUAAUUCUUCCAGCCACUUAGCCUCUGCUUUCUGAUUUUUAAAAUAUUAGUUGUUUGAAGUUUUCGUUUCUGAAAUUCUUCAUAGCUCGUCUUUCUUGCUAUCUUUCACAUUCUUUUCUCUUGCACCUUUUCCCUGUACAAACAAGCUUUUCUGUUUUGUGGUGGUUCAUGUCUUCUUUCCCAAAUACUUCGAGUUGCCUUCCCUCUAAUAAAUGCCAGACGCUGGCUGUUCUGUCCAGUGAAAGAGUGGGUUUGUUUUUUUGUUUUUUUUUUAAUAGUAACUAUUUCAAUUUGAAUGCUGCUAAAAAUAUGUGGAUAAUUUCUGUUGUGGAACACACUUAAGGAGAGAUCUGGUGAAGUUUGUACAACCUUCCUUGUUGUACUUGAAUGUCUUCUCUAUAAAUAGUUGUAUCAAAAUCUUCAGAGCUGUGUUAGUGCUGUCCUCCUCUCACCUGAAAAUAAAAGUAGCUCAGCUGCCAUUUUUCCGUAUACCUUUGUAACGCUUCUGUGUUUAUAAUUGUACAGGCAAUGGAACCAAGUACAAAGAUUUGUGAAAUGGGCUUCAACGAUAGGUGGUCACAACAUAGGGAAGAUUCUUAUCGCAAAUCGAGGAGAAAUUGCAUGCAGAGUGAUGCGAACAGCAAAGAAAAUGGGUGUGAAGUCUGUAGCAGUUUAUAGUGAAGCAGACAGAAAUUCCAUGCAUGUAGCAAUGGCAGAUGAAGCGUAUUGCAUUGGUCCAGCACCCUCACAGCAGAGUUACUUGGCCAUGGAGAAAAUAAUGCAGGUGGCCAAGGUCUCAGCAGCUCAGGCUAUUCAUCCAGGUUAUGGUUUCCUCUCAGAAAACACAGAGUUUGCAGAGUUGUGCAAGCAAGAGGGAAUCAUCUUCAUAGGUCCACCUUCAUCUGCUAUCAGAGAUAUGGGUAUUAAGAGCACUUCCAAAGCUAUAAUGUCUGCUGCUGGCGUUCCUGUUGUUGAAGGUUAUCAUGGCGAAGAUCAAUCAGAUGAGUGUCUAAAGGAACAUGCCAAGAGAAUAGGAUAUCCAGUAAUGAUUAAAGCUGUGCGUGGAGGUGGAGGAAAGGGCAUGAGAAUUGCUCACUCAGAAAAGGAGUUUUUGGACCAACUAGAAUCAGCUAGGAGAGAAGCAAAGAAGUCUUUCAAUGAUGAUGCAAUGCUGAUUGAGAAAUUUGUAGAUAAUCCAAGGCACGUUGAAGUCCAAGUAUUUGGUGACCAGCAUGGCAAUGCAGUUUAUUUGUUUGAAAGAGACUGCAGUGUGCAAAGGAGACAUCAGAAGAUCAUUGAAGAGGCACCAGGGCCAGGAAUUAAUCCUGAAGUUCGAAAGAGACUUGGAGAAGCUGCUGUCAAAGCAGCUAAAGCAGUGAAUUAUGUGGGAGCAGGAACAGUGGAAUUUAUUAUGGACUCCCAACAUAAUUUUUACUUCAUGGAGAUGAAUACCAGACUGCAAGUAGAGCACCCAGUUACAGAGAUGAUCACUGGAACAGACUUGGUGGAAUGGCAGCUUAGGGUUGCAGCAGGAGAGAAGAUUCCCCUAAUGCAGGAUGAGAUUCUGCUCCGGGGCCAUGCAUUUGAAGCUAGAAUAUAUGCUGAGGACCCUAACAAUAACUUUAUGCCAGGGGCUGGGCCAUUGUUGCACUUAUCUACCCCACUACCUGAUAAUUUCAUCAGGAUAGAAACUGGAGUUAGACAAGGUGAUGAGGUUUCUGUUCAUUAUGAUCCAAUGAUUGCAAAGCUAGUUGUUUGGGCUGAGGAUCGCCAAGCAGCACUGAGAAAGUUGCGAUACAGUUUGCAUCACUAUAAUAUUGUAGGAUUAAGCACUAAUAUUGAUUUCUUACUGAGCCUGUCAGGACACUCACAGUUUGAGGCUGGAAAUGUGCACACUAAUUUCAUUCCUCAACACCAUGAUGAACUAUUUCCAACCAAAAAGGCAACCCCACAUGAAGUUAUGUGUCAGGCAGCUCUAGGACUCAUACUGAAAGAGAAAAUGCUAACAGAUGCUUUUAGAGAUCAGUCAGAUGAUAAAUUCUCACCAUUUGCAUCCAGCACUGGUAGAAGAAUAAAUAUAUGUUAUACUAGAAAACUGUCUCUACUGGAUGGGGAAAACAUUGUGGAUGUAGCUGUAAGUUACAAUCAAGAUGGGUCAUACAGCAUGCAGAUUCAAGAUAAAACAUUCCAUGUUUCUGGAGAGAUCUUCAAUGAAGGUGAUUCAGUUUACUUGAGGUCUUCAGUAAAUGGAACAGUAUGUAAGUCCAAAUUGGUCAUUUUGGACAACACCAUUUAUCUCUUCUUUCCGGAAGGUAGAGCUCAGAUUGGCCUUCCUGUACCCAAGUACUUAUCUUCAGUAAGUUCCGUGGGAAUACAAAGUGGUGCUGUAGCGCCCAUGACAGGCACAAUUGAAAAGGUAUUUGUGAAAGCAGGGGAUCAGGUUCAGAUUGGAGACCCUCUAAUGGUUAUGAUAGCUAUGAAAAUGGAGCAUACCAUAAGGGCUCCAAAGGCAGGAGUGAUAAAGAAGGUUAAUUUCCAAGAAGGUGCCCAGGCCAACAGACACGCUCCACUAGUUGAAUUCAUGGAUGAAGAGGCUGAGUCAAAAUAAAAUUCAAGGAAGGUGCAUUUUAAUUUUUCUACUUUGUUGAUUUUUCUCUCAGGAGAAGAUUUCUUCAUAUUUUCAGCAAAUUUUUUGUAUAAUAGUUUGGGGAAUAGGUUUCCUCUGCACUUCCUGCAUAGUUGAACUGUAAAUUAUGCUGACUUCACUGAAAUUUGGAUCUCGCUAUACUGUAAUUGUAUAUAUAAUUCGUGGACCUAUGUGAUUGUUGUUCAGUGGUUAUGUUUGCUUGUGAAAAGGCAUCAGACUGGAAGAAGAUGUGGAACUCUUAAAGGAUGGGAGAAGUUAGCAAGGACAGUAAGUUACAAACAGCUUAGGGUGGUUCUGCCUACUUUUUCAUUUACAGCUGCCUUUUUUCCUAGAGAUGUAAGAGCACUGAUUUGAAGGAAAUCUGAAAGGUGCCAGUUGUUUUGUGAAUUCAUUUCUCUAGCACAGUUCCCAUUGGUGGCUUCAGGUUUUGCCUGAAUGGGGAAUUCAGGAUUGUUUGUUAGCCCGAGGGCCCUCUCAGUCAUUUUUUCGUGCACCUUUUUUUUCCCAUUUACCUCAAUGAAUAGU